AUGAAGAUCGCUCUCCAACCCAAUCCUCUUCUCAUUAGGCACUCGUCCACUUCCUCAAAAAAAUGGUUGAAUAGGCAAAUGAAUGAUAAAUUUACCAAAGAUGCAAAAGCUUCCAACUACAGAUCGAGAGCAGCAUUUAAAUUGAUAGAAUUGGACAAAAAGUUCUCCUUGUUCAGCAAGACUACAAAAAAUAUAAUAGAUUUGGGGUUCGCACCUGGUGCCUGGUCCCAAGUGGCUCUUGAAAGAAGUCGGUCUAUUGGUAUAGUCAACCCAAAUAUCCUUGGAAUAGACCUAAUUAAGUGCAAUCCGCCAGAAGGAGUGCAUUUUGUUCAGGGUGAUGUGUUUACGAGGGAGACUCAAGAUAAAAUAAGAGAACACUUUUCAAAUCAGGUGACAAGCGGCGUUACUAGUAAAGAACCAGAAUCAGAAUCAGAACCAGAGCUGGUAAACAAGAACAGACUUCUCCCAGUAAAUCUCAUACUUAGUGACAUGAUGGCGAAUACUUCCGGUGUUAAGAAUAGCGAUCACUUUGCCAGUAUGGACUUGUGUACCGAAGCUUUAAAGCUAGCCAUUCAACUACUACAACCCAAAGGAAAUUUAGUGAUGAAGUUCUAUACAGGAAAGGAAGAGAGUUUAUUAAAAGAAGAAUUGGAUCGAAUAUUUUCCAAAGUGUAUAGAUUUAAACCGCAGGCUUGCCGAAAGGAGCUGAAAGAGAUGUAUUUUAUAGGAAUGAAAAAGAAAAUAUAG